AGGAGCUCGCAGCUAAACGCACGGCGAGAAGGAAGUGAAGUCAGUCCCCUUGUGGCAAAUCCGCUGCUCGAAGCGGAGGGGAUAAAAAAGAGACCGGAGGCUGCGGGGCUCUCUCACCUGAGCUGGGGAGACCCGCCUUGUAUGGAGCGAAGGUGAGGAAAGCAGAGUUUGUCUCCCUCAUUCAGAAAACAGCAACCAUAUCUGCGGCUUUCUGAAGACAGUGACCUACUUUACCAAGAUAGAGGACCUGUGAUUUCUGAAGAUCAAAUAUAACCCGGUUUCAGCAGCUAUGAUGAACCAGGGUAUGAGUGGCUAUGAUAGCAGCUUUCAGGAUCCCCCCAUUGCCAGCAUCCUCCUCUACUCCUUCCUAGAGAACUCCCCCAACUGUGCUUUUGCUUCGGAGCUUUGUGCUUUGAAAAACCAGUUGUUGGGUUCAAAACUACACUUUGAGAGUGACGCUUUUGAUGAUGGGGAGCUUCAGACAGAUGGCAACAGAAUUGGGCAACUUCAGGAUAGAGAGCCAGAAGAGGAAAUUUUCCGGAUUAUUGGAGCUCAGCUUGCUGAAAUUGGGGAUAAGCUGGCUGCUGAGAUUGAGGCACCAUUUGUACACAGGCUUGCACAGCAGUUUAUGGUGGAGAACAUGUCCAAAGAGGAGGUAACUAGGCACUUGUCUCAAGCAGUGCAGGUAGUUGUACAAAGGAUGCCUUUGGAAAUGGAGCAGGAGAGAGCCAUGUUACUGGCAGCAAUGGUUUUAGCCAAAAAAGUAGCUAACGUGGUGCCACCUCGUCUACAGCAAGUGUUCAACACAACCAUAAACUACAUCAACAAUAACCUUCAUGAUUAUGUGAACAACUUGGCACCAGAGAGUUGAAUGAAGGCAAUACAACGUGUCUACUUUCAAGAAACACUUUUGGUUUUUUUAAAUACCAGAAAGCAAUUUUAGUGUCUUAAAGGGACUACAACUAUUCUGCAUUUUAAAGCUGUUUUUACCAUUUUUAUCAGUAGUAAUGUUGCAUUGUUCUGCGUACCUUGCUUUUAAUAUGUCAGUUAUGAAUGUCUUUUUUCCUACUUGAAAUACUUGGUCCUGCUCUACAUCUCAGGAGGAAACCAGCCAAGUGACUUUUGUUCUCAGGGUUGCGGUGGUAAUAGUCUGUCAUUCUCUUGCAAAGAGGGAAUAGAAGCUAAUCACAACUUUGAAAUAAAUAUCAGACAGUCUCUUCUGCCACUUGCCAGCUGGAUCAGAACACUUGGGAUCAAAGCCUGAAUGAACAAUGUGAUUAAAUCCAGCAGGAUAUACUUGAUACCAAUACCAACUUAAUUGGUGCAGUAGAGUACCACUGCAAGGAAGGAACUGCUGUCAGCCUUGAAUCUAGCACUAAUGUGAAGAAAGCUUUGGGUGGGGCAGGGCAGGCUAUGCAUGCUGCUACUGCUGUCCACAAUCACCAGCCUUGGAGCAGUUUCACCUUUUCAGUUCACCUGGAAGUUGGUGUUAAAGAAAUGUCCAGUUACUGUCCAGUUUUAAGGAAAUCAUUAUUAAUUCAAGUAGUUUACAUAAGCAGUUAAGUUGCUAUUUUUAAAGUUUUAGCAGAGAUGGCUAACCUGUGGCCUUUGGUGGUUUUGGCCUCUACAUCAGCCUCCGCCUGUACGGCCACUGAUCCUGAAACCUGGGAGGUUUAGUCGUCAUGUGGCCACAGGUCAGCCAUGGUUCCUUUAAAGGAAGUUGCCUUCUGCCUGCACCCACCUCAACCCUAGAUACAGGAAUUUUGUCCAGUUAAAAAUCCUUAAGGUGACUUGAUGCAUGGGUCUGCUCAGCCUUCCAAGUUUAUUUGCAGUUGGGAAUUUCCUACUCCUGUCAAAUUGGGCAAUUCCUGGGCUCUGCUUUUACUCCUUAACUGGGUUGGUUUACAUUAGAAACUUUAGAGGGAACUGCUGUUGUAUAAAAAUGCUCAUGCUGGACAAAGUUUGUGUCCCCCACCCCAAGGCUGAACCAGACCUCACUCUACAAGCCUGAAUAAAAUUUCCAAAAAGAAAAAUAGUUUCAUCAUCAAGGGUUAAGAAGUAAAGAUUUUUUUUCUUUAAGUAAAAGAGGGGGAGGAAUACUGGCUUAUUAGUUCUCAGUUUUAGCCAUGUAGAUACAAAUUGCUCCCUUGGAUGUGCGUAAAACUAAAAUGCAUCUAGAACUAUGGCCUAAUUUAGAAUUUUUGAAAUCGGGUAUUUCAAAUGAUGAGCUGAGGGAUGAGACAUCCAACAGUAAAAGAUAGUUGCUUUCCAAGUUACUUUAUCAGUAUUUUUUUUUUAAGACAAAAGGCAAAAAAAGGUCAAAAUAGAAACCAUGUAGCUACAACUGCUUUUGAUGCUUCUGUCAUUUAAGGUAGCACAGAAAAAGGUAUUUUAAGUGCUGAAAUGUUCUGCUCCUUUAGUUGUCAAACCUGAGUGCCAAAGCAAGGAUAUAUUUUUUUUUGUAAAAUACAGAAGAAAGACUAAGAUAUGCCCAAGCCAUUUCCUUUUCUAGCUGCAAUUCCUUCAGAUUCAGAACCCUAAAGAGCAGCAUUUAGCAGUGCUCAGGCGUGUCAUACAUGGGGUCCAGGGAAGAAUGCAUGGAAUAUAACAGAUGUGGCCUCAAUGUAGCCUACUGUGCUACAAAAAACCCAGAUGUUUUUAUACCACCCAGGGCUAGCCCCACCCUGGGCCCUGGCACUCCCCUUCUGCGAUUCGCAGCAGGAUUGGUACCAUGGAUCACAGGGCAGGUGAUCCGAAGCCAUCCGCCAUUCCCCAGCUCUCCUUACCUUUCCCUGUGCUGUUUUUUCAGCGGCGUGCACUGGGCAUGCAGGUUUGCCAUCAAUCAAGAUGGCAGCCAAGGUUUCCCUAAGGGGCUGAAGCCUCUGCCGCCAUCUUGAUUGAUGGCAUGCAUCUACA